AUGUCAGAAGAAGAAGGUGAAUUAUUUAAAGUGUUAUAUUCAAAGGAUAUUACUCAACGUAUUAAAAAAAAGUUUGAUGGAUAUGCUAUUUUCAGAUCUAAAUAUAGAAGAUUUGAAUUAUAUGAAGAUGAUGAUGGAAAACCAGGUAAACAAAUAGAUUGUGAAACAAUUAAUGAAACUGAAGUAAAAAAUGAUAUGAUCAUUAAUCUUCCAACAUUUAUUGUUGAAGUAUUUGAAUCAAUUAAUACAACAGAACCAAAUAACCAAAAAGAAGAAACAAAACCAAAAAAAAUACUCAAAAGAAAAAAAACAAUACCAAAACCACUACAUAAAACAAAUUCAAUAAAUACUUCAACUUCAUUAAUUAAUUCACAACAAAUAAUAAUUAAAAGUAAAUCAUUUUCAUUAAAAAAGAAACGAUCAGUAGAAGAUAUAUUAAAAAUAUUUGAAAAUAAUUAA